AUGUCACAGCAGAAGCAGCAAUCUUGGAAUACCCUUAGUGCUCCCAAAUGUUCCCCUUCCCAGUGCCCCAAACCCUCCCUGGCUGCCUACUCUGCUCCUUGCUGUGACCCCUGCUCAGGAGCCCGGAUCAGCGGUUCCGGUUCCCAGAAGCCUGGGGAUCAGAGCCCAGCACAUUCCCGGAGGGCUCGCCACAAGAAGCCCUGCUGCCUCAGUGGUGGGACAGUCUACCACAUCAAAGAAGAGGAGUGUUAAGCCACUCCUACAGCUCAGCAACAACUCAGAGCCAAAGCCUUGGCUGCUGCAAACCCCCGAGGUCCCUGGAGGGGCUGA